AACUGAUGGGUUAUUACAGUACGGAUGGUCCACAAAAGGUUCAUAAAUUGAUGUAAAUAUCUCCUGUUUACAUGCUUGUAUGUUUUUUAGGUCACUGUCAAAUGUGCCCCAAGAUCAUUUCAAUGAGGUAACAAGCUUUUCAAUGUGAUGAAAACUUGGUGUUUAUUCCAAAAAAUGCAGAGAGUUUCUACCGACAUAUAUAGGCUACUGCUAAUUGAUUUGGUUGCAUUUCCAUGUUCAUGCAAUUUAUUUUUCUUUCGGAUGAUUUUAGUUUUACAGAUUUACUAGCUAGCAUACAGUUCAUGUAAAAUACACUGUAACAUAGUGAAUGCCAUGAUGAUAUGAAAAAUUGAUGUAGACUGUAAAAUUACCAGGAAGUCAAUUAAAAGAAAAAAUCAGAGCAUGGAAAAGAUCAGGAGCAUGUAAAACAAAAAUCAGGAAAGAGAUGCAAGUAACAGAGUAGUCCAGGAGGACUGUCUAUGGAAACUGCUGAUGGAGCUUUUAAAAAAUGGUAAAAUAAACCCACGUUAUCUUUUGUAGGUGUGGCUCCGAUUGUUUCUCACUUAAUUUAACGCGCCAGAGCAAUUAUUAGCGGCAUGUAAUAUAUUGUAGCUGUGAAAAGUGUAUAAGAAACCGUUAAAACGUAAAAGAACCAGUGAUGAAUAACUAGCCUUAGUGACCCAUGUGCCCCCUCUUCCCUCAAGAGAAUGUGUAAAAAUGUUCUAUACCCUGAUUAAAUAACCUUACAACAUCCAAUUCUUGCUUUACAGGAUGGCAGUACCAUUACUGAAAUAGAAAUGGUUGGGGCCUGCACGAGAAGUAGAAGUGUUAUCAGGGAAAGUGAAGGUGAUUUAUCACCAAAAUCAACUUCAUCCGUUUUUCAACAGGUUGAUACUAGCCCAGUUCAGUCACCAGAUGCUAAAAGAUCUAAGGGAGAAAGAAACGUGGAGGAAUUUGACUUUGUGCGUAGAGCAAUAUGUUUCGAAAGCAAGGAGGGCACUGUAGCAAUAGAAUGUAAAGUAGACUUCGUGGAGAUAGUUGACAGUAAUGAUGAAAGUAUCAGUAGCGAUGAAAGCGAAAUAACCAGUGGUCAUGAAAGUGACAUCGAAGAGGGGCAGGAGGAUUCUGAGCAGGAAUCUAACAAAUAUUACGAAGACGACAAGCGUGUCCCAUACCAUGAGAAAGGAAUAAGCUCUGCAUGUUCAAGUGAAGAGGCUGUCGACAUUUUAAUGAGAGUAAAAGAGCCCGUCUGUACCGAAGUGCCACUUCAGGUUAUGGAAAACGCCUCGUUUUUGGUUGACGUAGACGCCCUUGUCCAUCCGGAUGAUUGUAAAGCUGACGAUCUUGGCAAGUGGACUCAUACUGGUUCUCCAAAAAGCUACAUUUCCGUUGACCGCAACGUGAGGGGGGACAUCUUGGAUCUGAAGAUAACAAGGCAAAAGAGAAACGACACCGACUUCAUAAUGGUUGUCAAACGCUGUCUUCAUCAUGACAAAGAAGCUAAAUACCGCAAGAGGUUAUCCUUCUUGUACGGCAGCAAGUGGCAAAGGCACCGACUUGUCUUGCUUCAGUACUUUUAUGCAGAGGAGGAAGUGCAACUGAAACUUAAACAGCAUGGAAACUCUAAAAACAGCAACGAGCCCUAUGUGCGAACAAGACCAAGCGCCAUUCAAGAACUGAAGGAAACUGUAUCAUCAGGGAAAUGGCAACCCAGGGAGGUCUUUUUCGAAUCAGUUCGUCGACAAGGGGAGUUGGAAUUCUGUCGUUCCAAAAGUGAGCUGCCGCGAAAUGCAAAACAAGUGAGUAACGCAUUAACUUCGUCUACAACCUCCUUUGAGCCUUCCACCAACCAAAGUAGAGAUUUCUUGCUAGAGGCGAUGGAGAAGUGCAAGAGCAAAGAUGGCCUCGUUAGAGAAGUUGUUGGUGCGCCAGAACUUGCUAUUUGCUGUGGUUCGUAGAAUAGCAACAAAUUUACGUUUUCACGGUUCGCCGGAGAUUUGACAGUUGUCAUGGCAACAUCAGAAUCGAGAUCGUGUGUUGGUGGGAUUUUACUUGGGGAAUCAUUCUAGACUGGCGCUGCUACCAACAUGUGCUGGUUUUAUUUCUGCGUAGUUUUGAGAUUUCGCAGCCCAGCAAAUUGUCAAAAUCAGUGCUAGAUCAAUUCCGUUCGAGCAAAGACGUAGAAGAAAUCGAGUCUAUCAACACUGCCAACAUAAGAUAUCAUGGACGCGACGGUUCAAGCUGUAAUUGAGCGUCAACAAGCUACAAUGCUUGAGAAGUUGUCGACCAUCUUCGACA